UCAGUUACCUGCACGAACCCGUCCGCCAGGGAGCUGCGGCACCCGCAGCUAACCUGUGGCACCCGGGGAUAAGCUGUGGCACCCGCGGAUAAGCCGUGGCACCCGGGGAUAAGUCGUGGCACCCGGGGAUAACUUGUGGCACCCAGGGAUAAGCCGUGGCACCCGGGGAUAAGCUGUGGCACCCGGGGAGGGAGCCCCAGGCACCCCUCCCCACAUCACCGUCUUACUCACUGUUUUUGGAAGCCUGCGUGCGAAAAAUUAGACAAGCGUCCAGGCCCAGCGGUGUAUAUAUACGUGAGCGUGUGUGCCGAGCAGAGAUCUCCCGUGUAAUCUGGGCGACGCCUCGUAACGAGGGAAUCGUCUGCUCGCUGUUGAAGCUGUAGACUUUAAACUGUCGUCUCAAGCUGCGCCCUACGGCUGCGACACUGACGCAGUCUUGGUAUAAAAUAGGCUUACCAGCUGUAGUGGAUUCAGUCGGCAUGACAUUAUCUAGUGAGACUUGAAAACAUUGACCCGUGGCAUAGAUCCCAGGAAAUAUAGUUGUCUGUGACGUAGAGACAAUCAACAUUGACCACAAGACAAGCACCCGUGGCAUAGAACCCCAGGAAAAGCAGUCGUCCGCGGCGUAAAUCCAAAGAAAAACAGUCUUCUGUGGCGUAGAUCCCAGGAAAAACAGUCUUCUGUGGCGUAGAUCCCAAGAAAAACAGUCUUCUGUGGCGUAGAUCCCAAGAAAAACAGUCUUCUGUGGCGUAGAUCCCAGGAAAAACAGUCGUCUGUGGCGUAGAUCCCAAGAAAAACAGUCUUCUGUGGCGUAGAUACCAGACCCGCGACCAUGGGUAUAGGGAGUGGAGAAGGCAGCGGUGGAGACAGCGGCGGGUGCGGCAGCUGCGACGUGUGCCAGACUGCGGCGUCGAUGGCAUGCGGCGGGUGCGGCUCGGCGCACUACUGCUGUAAGGACCACCAACGCCAACACUGGCCGCAGCACCGCGACCAGUGUCCCCCUUACAAGCUCAUCUCCUCCCCGGAGGCUGGCAAGUACCUGGUGGCGUCACGACCCCUGCCGGCGGGCCAGGUGCUGGUGGAGGAGGUUCCUCUGGCUGUGGGUCCCCUGUCCAUCUCUGCCCUCGUGUGCCUGGGGUGUCACGGCUCCAUCAGGGGCAACAACUUCCCGCGCUGUCCGGGGUGUUGGUGGCCGCUGUGCUCCCUCGAGUGCGCCUCCAGCAGCCGUCACCAGGACGAGUGUCCCAUCCUGGCCACCGACACCAAGCGCAUAGCCACACCAGUUGGCCAGCAGGAGACGCCGCGUUACGACGUCAUUCUCACCCUUCGAUGCCUUCUGCUGAAGACCAAGGACCCGAAAGCGUGGCAGAUAAUGACGACGAUGGCCAACCAUUCAGAGCAGCGCCAACUCAACUGCGAGGACCAGCAGAUAGUUACUGUCCGCUACAUGACGGAGGUGUUGAAGCUCGACCAUGAUCAGGAGACGCUUCACCAGGUGAGAGGCGCCAUAGCAACCAAUGGCAUGGAAAUAAGAAGCGAUAAAAACGCGAGAGUGAGAGCCAUGUACCCGGUGGUGCGGCUCUUCAACAACUCUUGUAUCCCCAACGUCCACCUGUCGUGUGGCCCCGGGGGACGGAUGCAGGCGCGGACGACAGUGCCCGUCCAGAUCGGGGAACCUCUCUGCAUCUCAUACACCGGCGCCCUCAUGCCUCUCUGGGAGCGCAGAGAAACCUUAACUUUGACUUACCACUUCUCGUGCAACUGUGCCCGCUGCGAAGACCCCACGGAGCUGGGGACGUUCUUCUCCUCUCCCAAGUGUACACAGUGCAAAGGUCAGUGUGAAAAGUCUUAUCUGAUAUCCUCCACGUGGCUUGGUGACACAGUGUGGAGGUGUCCAGCCUGCAAAAUGGAAAGGCCUGACGCGGACGUUCAAGAAGAUAUCAAAGAUUGGCUGCAGAGGAUAGAAAUGGACGAUAUCUUCACCGGCAACUUCAGGCGAGCGGUGGCGGCGAUGCAGGAGGUGGAGGACCAGUUCCACAACCAGCACUACAUCUGGAUGAGGGCGGCGCACUCCGCCUUGUACCAGCUCUCCGACAACAACACAGAACAGGCGCUCAAGAUGAAAAUUAAAAUGUGGAAGAAACUCAUGUUUCUGUAUAGCGUGCUGGAGCCCGGCCUAACCAAGAGACGAGGUAUGACGCUCCUGGAACUAGGAAUCAUAAUGCUUCGUGCAGCGAAGCUGGAAUAUGAAAGCGGCGACGCCUUCAUGCCUGAGUUCUUGAAGCAGCUGCGGGAGAUAGUCAAAUACCUGGAGGAGUCGACGAAGAUCCUGAACCUGGAGCCGGAGGGCACGAGGGGCCCGGAGCUAGCGAAGAGGGCUCACGAGAAGAAAGCAGAGGCCGUGGAGUUUCUGCAACGCUUAGACUCCGCUACGAUACGAGCAGAGUGACUUUGCCUAGAUGGAUGGUGGACUCUUGCAAGGCGGACCUGUGGAACUUGGGUCCUAGUGUAGGGGGAGGUGAUGUCUCCAGCCACGGAGACGAGUCCCUAUUAUUGUCGUGGUCGUGUCCCCAGCCACGGAGACGAGUCCCUAUUAUUGUCGUGGUCGUGUCCCCAGCCACGGAGACGAGUCCCUAUUAUUGUCGUGGUCGUGUCCCCAGCCACGGAGAGGGAGACCUACUGUGGUCAUGGUUGUAUCUCAGGCUGUGGAAGGUUGAUAUUUUCGCUGCUGGCAACAGCAAUUUAACUUUAAGUGCUUAUGUGUGUGUACAUAUAUAUACAGAGAGAGAGAGAGAGAGAGAGAGAGAGAGAGAGAGAGAGAGAGAGAGAGAGAGAGAGAGAGAGAGAGAGAGAGAGAGAGAGAGAGAGAGAGACAGACAGACAGACAGACAGAGAGAGAGAGAGAGAGAGAGAGAGAGAGAGAGAGAGAGAGAGAGAGAGAGAGAGAGAGAGAGACAGAGAGAGAGAGAGAGAGAGACAGAGAGAGAGGUGCAAAUCUCUUACAAUCAUACUAAGUACCCCAUCAAGCAGGUAUCAAGUAAAUAAUACAUUUUGUGUUCAAAUGUUCAUGAUUUUAUGAUUAAGGAUUUUUUUUGCUAUUUACAUUUUUCGUAUAUAUAAAGCUUUGGUGUAUAAAUGGGAGGAACAAAAUUAUUACACAGACUUGAAUAUUAGUUUUGUUUAAUUCAAAUGAACGUGACCAUUAAGGUCUAUUUAUACCUUAAGUCAUAAAUUACAAAAAAUGGCCUAUUUUUUGCGUUUUUUUUAUAACAUUACACUAUACAUAUAAAGUGUGAUGUCAUAAAGUGACUAAUGCGCUAUGCGUGUCAGUCACUUUAUAAGCGUGUACACUGUACAUUCUUGUAUUUGUAAAAAUAAAUUUUGACACUAUUUUGCUCCCGACAAAAUAAUGUCCUGAAUAUUGGCACCAAUAAUAAUAAUAUAUUGUA